UCUCUCUUUCUCACCAUUUCAUUUUCUAUUCAACGUAAACCUAACAUUUUCUCAAAGUUCAAUCGAUCGAAUCAGCUGAACAUCAACGCCGCCGAUUGCUGCCGAUUGUUGCCGCAGCUCCGGCCAUCUUUUCACCGUCAUUCAUUCAUUCUUCUUCAGGGAAAAUGGAAGAAGAAGAAGAAGAUGAAACUUUAUAUAUUGGUGAUGAAAUUUAUGAGGGACUAGUUGUUUCAUACACUAGAUUGAUAUAGUUUAGAUUGAUACACUAGAAUGGUUCUUCUCAGAAAGCUGAAGACUUAAAAUUGAAGGAAAAGCGGAAACGAGAGCGAGAGAAAAAUAUGCCUAGAAAGAAACUUAGAAAAUUGGAAGCAGCUAGGGAGAUGUUGGAGGAUGAGGAGCAGAAUGACAAGCCAAAAGGUAAGGGGACAGAUAAGAAUGAAAAGAGUGAAAUGACACUUGCUGAUCUUGCAUACCGACGUGCAAAAGAAGUAAAGGUUGCCAAGAGGGCACUAGAUUCUGGAAAGAUUGUGGAAAAGCCUCAGCAGAAAUCUAUUAAAUCUCGAAAGAAUUCCUUUUCAAGGACAGAAGAGAUGUGGGAACUAUUCCAGACUGACAAGAAGGAUAAAAAGUCGAAACAGAGGGGUUCUGGAGUAGGAAAGAAGCCCAAAAAAUCAUUCAAAAGCAAGUCAAGGGAGGAGGCUAAAGAGUUAAAAUUAAAACACUCAAAAAGAGAAGUUCAAUCCACUUCUGGUGAUGUUCCUGUUAAUAUCAAAAGAUAUCUUAACAUGAAAAUCCAAGGCAGGGGAGCUAGACGGAGUCAAGAGAGUGACCACAGUCAACUCCAGCCUUCACCUUUGCGAGAUAUAGGUGUGCAUAUUGAUCAAAACAAAAGGCAAAAUCAACGGAGAGGUCGUAGUGAUCAACCGAAAUCUUCUCAAUUGUGCACUAGUCCAGCAGCACCACCUCCAGUUACAUCAUUCUACAAAGCAAGUGCCUUGGGGAGACGGAGAAAGUUGAAUGUUGUUCACCAUAAAGACCAAUCACUAGAAAAAGAGAAAUCAACUACUAGCUCUAAUGAAGUCACAAAUGAGGGAAGUCAUAAUGAGUCGCACUGUGAAAAAAGAACAAGAGGUUAUUCACAUAUGCUAGAUGUAUGGGACAUGCCGGCUGGAAACUUUAUACUAGUUGAUGUAGAUCAUAUGGGAAAUCCUAUCGGUUGGGAAGGAAAAACUCUAUUGAAUGCAAUUGGAAGUUUGGUAAGGAGACACCAAUGUGCUCCAAUCAAUUAUGUGUGCUGGAGUGAUAUGCCUGAGAAAAAUAUUACUGAUAUGCUUGAACUAAUUCAGACUAAAUUUCGUUUUGUUCCCGAAUUCACUGAGAGAACAGAGAAAAUACUAAAGGAUAAUAUGAGUAUUAAGUGGAGGCAAUUCAAGUAUCAUUUGAAGUCAAAGGGAUAUGACGGUAGUAAGAAAGAAGAAGAAAUGGCAAGCUACAUUCCUGAUAGAAGGGUUGAUCCUUCUCAGUAUCGUGAUUUAGUACAUUAUUGGUGUUCUGAGGACGGACAGAAAAUCAGUGGCAUGAACAAAAUGAACCGCAAAAAAUAUGAGGACAUUCAUUGCAUGGGAACCAAGAAUCUUCCAAGCCUAAUUCAUGAAAUGACAACAAAAGCUGGAGGAGUGCAACCUUCACGGGCACAAAUUUACAUUGAUACUCGAACUAGAAAAGAUGGAAGUAUUGUGACUGAAAGUGCAGCAUAUGUGAUUGAAGAGUUAAAGAAGCAUAUGGUAGAGGAGGAAGGCAGCUCACAUGAUUCUCAAGCCACCAAAGAUUCUACAAGCUGGAAGAAUGAUUCUUAUUCAAAGGUUAAAGGACCUGAAAAGAGAGGACGGGUGCGUUGUCUUGGCAAGCUUCCCCGGCAUGCUAGUUCUAGCUCCAAUGCAGAUAAUAGAGUUGCAACAUUAGAGAAUUUGCUUGGAAAUCUAGUUUCUGUUCUUCAAAUGCGGUUUUCUGAAGAUCCACAAGUUAACGAGGUCUUACGAGCUAUAGCUGAAGAGGUUUGAUUUUGUGUCACCUAUUGACCACAAUUUAGAUUCAAAUAUAUGAAAGUGAAGAUACAAUACCAUUUAAAAUUGUAUAUACAUGAAAGCUGGUGCUUCUGUUGAAUCCUCUUGAAUAUUUUACUUGGUCAUUGAUUAGAUUCAUACAAAAUAGUGGUCUUUCUAGUUAUACUUAUU